CUUCAACCCAUGGCUGUGCGCUUGACCCCCGUACCCUAACAGAGCAAAAGCAACUGACCCUCACACCUGACCAAGCUACCUCUCAUCCUCUCUACUCUCUAGUCUCAUCUACUUUACUUCUCAUUUGUUCGGAGUUUUCCUUUGCCAAUCGCCAGCCACAGCUAGUCACCUAUGCCUAGUGCUUCUUUCAGCCAUCUCCCUCCUCUGUUCGUGACUUCACGUGAUGGCCUAAGUCGAGUAAGACUGCAAGAGAUUUCAACUUUAGUUUCAGCUUUAUCAUUCGGCAUUCACCUUUUUGCAAGCUUUGCCUUCACCUCAGCAGCUCAAUCAAUUACAGAAUUGGCACCAUUAUCUGGAAGCAAGGGGAUUUUGAUUGGGCUGCAAAACUUUAUGAGAGGUGCUUAGUUGUUUGUGCCAACUACCCUAAAUACUGGAUGCGUUAUGUGGAUUUCAUGGAAACUAAGGGAGGAAGAGAAAUUGAAAAGUAUUAGUUGGAAAGAGCAACAGAAAUUUUGUUAAAGGUAUCAUCUUUGUGAUAUGCAUUUUGUUGAUUGAGUUUCAUGCUGAUCAACCUUUGCAUCGAAUUAUUGUUAUAAUUUAGUGUUCCUAAGAUGGGUCCGAUAAAUGACAAAAAGUGAUCUGGAAUAUAAAUAAAGAGUUUACUUACAAGUUACAACAUCAUAAAAUAGUA